CCAACAUGUGUAGUCAUGCAAUUAAGUUUAAAAUGCUAGUUUUAUGGGAAUGGAAUUUUGGUGAAAACGGAGUAGAAAAUGAAGACCCCUACCCAAACCCCUGCACCUCUACUCUGCUUCGUUUUCAUUGUCGUCUUCCUCCUCGUCGCAUUACCACCUCCAUGCUCGUCUUCUUCAGAUGAAUUCUGCACCCCUUACUCAUGCAACGACGGCUAUGGACCGGAAAUCAAGUUUCCUUUCCGGAUCACCGGCCGGCAACAUGAGCGGUGCGGCUACCCGGGGUUUAAUCUCUCCUGCAACGACCUGGGGGAAACGAUUAUCACCCUCCCGUCAACUCCGGGCAGUUUCGUGGUGAACAAUAUAGAUUACGCCUCCCAAAUGAUACAAAUCUCUGACCCUGACAACUGCCUUUCCCAGAGAAUCUUAAACCUUUCUCUGGCCGGCAGCCCGUUCCGGGCUCCCGACGAUAUGCGUUACACGAUCCUGAGUUGUUCGUUUGCUUUUCCCUUGCUGGUGCCUUGCGAGGGGAAUAUGAGCAAGAGUGUGAUUGCCGUGCCGGGUUCUGUUUUGCUGGAGGCGGCGGCGGAGGCGGCGUGCGUAGUUGCCGCAGAGAAUGUUAGCAUACCGAUCCCGAGGAGUGUGGACAGGGAUGAUCCUGCUGUAUUCUGGGGGGAUGGCGUUGUUACUCGGCUGGAGUUGCGGUGGGAGAAGCCCAAUUGCCGGGAUUGUGGAGGCCGGAAUAAGCUCUGCGGCUUCAGCACCGAUCAGGGUUUGGAAAUUGGUUGCUCCGAUCCUCCUCCCAAUUCUUCCAAAGGGAUUCCAAGGAGUGCGGAGUAUGGGAUUAUUGUAGGUGCAGCAAUACCUAGCCUUCUCUGCCUAAUCGGACUACUAUUUUGCGGUUGUCGCAAAAUCAAGAACUUCACCCUAAACUCCCAUAACAGCCAGGUAACCGGCGAGCUUCCCAUCAUGAAACUACCGCCAAUGCCCACCGCCCGCGGAGGCGGACUGGGUCGACAAACAAUCCAAUCCUACCCAACGAUGGUUCUGGGUGAGAGCUUGCAACUUCCGAACCCAAAUGGAAAUACUACUUGUCCAAUAUGCCUGUCGGAGUACCAAGCGGAAGAGAUCCUUGGGAGUAUACCGGAUUGCAACCAUUAUUUCCACGCUAAUUGCAUCGAUGAGUGGCUUGGGCUCAAUGCCACUUGCCCCUUGUGCCGGAAAUCGCCGGAGAGUUUGGGGACUGAAUUAUCUUCAUUGUCGCUAUCAUCAUCCACUUCACCAACAUCGUCUGCUUCAAUUCAUGAGUAGUAGUAGCUUAGAUUAUUAGGGGUCAUGAAUAUACAUAAUACAAAUAUGUGAAUGUAGUAUAUAUAUGAUGAAGAAUUCUUA